CCUGGGAUCCUCCUGGAAGGCUCAGGAGAAGAGACAGCCAGUCACCAUGAGCGGGCGAGUUGGGGACCUGAGCCCCAAGCAGGCAGAGGCUCUGGCUAAGUUCCGGGAGAACAUUCAGGACAUACUGCCUAAUGUCCCCAACCCUGACGAGUAUUUCUUCCUGCGCUGGCUCCGAGCUCGAAACUUUGACUUGCAGAAGUCAGAAGCCAUGGUCCGCAAGUAUAUGGAGUUCCGGAAGAACAUGGACAUUGAUCACAUCCUCGAUUGGCAACCCCCAGAGGUGAUCCAGCAGUACAUGCCAGGGGGCCUCUGCGGCUACGAUCGGGAUGGCUGCCCCAUCUGGUACGACAUCAUUGGUCCCCUUGACCCCAAGGGGCUCCUCUUCUCAGUGACCAAGCAGGACUUUCUCAAGGCCAAGAUGCGGGACUGUGAGCGCAUCCUACGUGAGUGUGACCUGCAGACUGAGAAGCUUGGGAAGAAAAUCGAGACCAUCGUGAUGAUCUUUGAUUGUGAGGGGCUGGGGCUGAAGCACUUUUGGAAGCCCUUGGUGGAAACCUACCAGGAGUUUUUCAGUCUUCUGGAAGAAAACUACCCGGAGAGGCUGAAGUUCAUGCUCAUUAUAAAGGCCACCAAACUGUUCCCUGUGGGCUACAAUCUCAUGAAACCCUUCCUGAGUGAAGACACUCGCAGGAAGAUUGUUGUACUAGGAACUAACUGGAAGGAAGGUUUGCUGAAACUCAUCAGCCCUGAGGAAUUGCCUGUACAAUUUGGGGGAACGUUGACAGAUCCUGAUGGGAACCCCAAGUGUGUAACCAAGAUCAACUACGGAGGUGAGAUUCCUAAAUCUAUGUAUGUGCGGGACCAGGUAAAGACCCAGUAUGAGCACUCAGUACAGAUCAGCAGGGGCUCCUCUCAUCAGGUGGAGUAUGAGAUCCUCUUCCCCGGCUGCGUUCUCAGGUGGCAGUUCAUGUCAGAUGGGGCAGAUGUGGGCUUUGGGGUCUUCCUAAAGACCAAGAUGGGGGAGCGGCAGAGAGCUGGAGAGAUGACAGAAGUGCUUGCCAGCCAAAGAUACAAUGCACACAUGGUCCCCGAAGAUGGGAGCCUCACCUGCACUGAGCCUGGCGUCUAUGUCCUGAGGUUUGACAAUACCUACAGCUUUGUUCAUACCAAGAAGGUCAGCUUCACCGUGGAGGUGCUGCUCCCAGACGAGGGAAUGCAGAAAUAUGACAAGGAGUACACACCGAUCUAGCCAUCGGAAUAUAACGGGUUGGGGGGCAGGAGGGUCAGUCAAGACAAGGGAAAUGAGUGGAUAGGAAUGGAUGAUUCACAGUUCCCCCCUAUUAUUCACCUCUAUAAGUUAACUAAACUCUGUUGGGGUCAGGGGGGCGGUCUAUCAGUUAAUUAUACUCUCAAUUACCUUUUGGUUAAUUAUAAACAGUCACUGCCCAUGUAGGUUCACUGGGUAGCCAUGUGGGUUCACUAGUCUGGGAAGUGGAGUGCUCCCUCAGUAUUCAGUAAACUAUGCUCUCAGUUUCCCCAUAGACUCUCAGUUAUCUCUAGAGGUUAAUAACACCAUUGGGUAGCUUACUAGGUAAACCAUAAUCUGUCAAUUAUCUCUAUAGACUUUCUUAGCUGGGUCUACAAGGUAACUAUAUCCUUUGUGAUACAUUCAAUCAAUUUUCUCUUUGGACUCUAUUCAUUAGUUCUGUAGAUUAAUAUCCCUUUGUUGGGCAGCUCUAGAAUUAAUUAUACUUAGUUUCGGGGAAAGGGGGAGGUGGGCUCUAUAAGUUAACCUGGCAAGGUCAGUUUCCCUCAGUGAGUUGUCCUCUGCCAAUUUCCCUUGGUCAAUUCCUCUCUGUGAUUCCCUUGGACAAUUCUCUUUUGUCAGUUCCCCCUCAGUUUUAUUGGAUAUCUCUAGAGGUUAAUAACAGUUGUCAGUUACCUCUGUAGGUUAACGACUAACUUGGCAACUUGGUUGGUUAACUACAUUCCUGGGUUGCCACAAUGUGGGUUAUCUCUAUUAUGCUGGGUGUAUCUACUCUGUGGGAUGGUCUCUGUAGGUUAAUGGCACUAGACAGACCAAAUGCCCACUCUCCAGGAUUCUUCUCCACCUUUGAAAGUCCUCUCCACCAGACCUUAAUUUUUCAGGUUUCCUUUGGACUUAAAUGGCUUCCCCUAUACUUAGUAUACUCUGUCCUUCCCUCCACCGAAGCCUUCCCUGAGUGGGUGGAGGGAGUUCUCUGUAGGGAAAGGGAGUAGAGAGGAGGGGGAUCUUGUGAUGAAAGUUAAUGCUCGUGACAGCCCCAUGGAAAACCAUCCUGGAUAGCUUAGCACACUAGCCCAGCAUAAAUUAAACUGAUGAAAUAAUGUUGUGAAUUGCUUAUACAGUGGUGGGGAAAAAAAAUUCCUGGGCAGCCCAGUCUUAAUUAUCCCCCCUCCCCUUGCCUGCCAGUCUCUACCCCCACCCUCUAGUGACUUAGCAAUACUAAGAGAGGUCAAUGGCAGGGGGCUGUAGAAACAUCAGGUUCAUAGAUCAUUUGAGCUGGUAGGAACUUUAGACAGAGUAUGUGGAGGGAGGGGCAGAGGUAGAACAUGGAAUGUCAGAGGUGGGAGGAGUCCUUAGAAAAUAGAUUUGGAGCUUAGAGAACUCUCGUCCAACUCCCCUAUUUUAUAGAGGAGGCCAGGAGAGAGGAAGGGAUUUGCUCAAGGUCCCAAGACCCCUUUCUCUAGAUACAAACAGUGAGGGUUAGCUGCACAGGGAAGCAGCAGAGGGGGGCUAUAGAUGUAUUUAAAGGAUUUUGGCAAUAAAGUGAAGCAAGUGUAAGAAGGAAGGGGGUGAAAGAAGAGGGGAGGAGGGAAGGAAAAUGAGGGGAGGAAGCCUGAGCCCAUGGGCUGAUGAGCCCUUCCAGCAGGGGUGUGGACCAAUAAAGU